CAACUGGCAUCCUUCAACUUCAAGUUCUAGUCAAGUCAAGCAAGUCGGAAAACUAGCCUUUUCAAGAUGGCGGCUCCAGGAAAGAAAGGAAAAGUAAAAUGGAAAGCUGCCUACAUACCAAUAGAAACUGUAAAAACAGCUUCCGGAUCCGGUGAAAUUAAUUUGAAACUUAAUGACUAUGACGACUAUGGCGGCCGCCGCACGGACGAUGUGGUCCUGCCGAAGGCGCCGCGAGCGUCCCGUGCCGCCGAGGAGGACGCCAAGGUGCCGACGACGGGGCCGUUCUACGCCUACAUCUCCAACCUGGCCUACGAGCUCAACGAGGACGAGUUGACCGACUACUUUCGCAGUCUCAACGUGAACGUCAAGUCGGUCAACCUGCCCAAGAACGACCAGUCGUUCAAGUCGCGCGGCUUCGCUCACGCCGAGUUUGAGGAUCGCGACAGUCUGCUGACCGUGCUGCAUUGCGCGCAUUCCGACCUGAAAGGGAGGAGAAUGCGCGUGGAGUUGGCACAAAACGACGCCCGAGGCGGGGGCAUGCGCAGUGGAGGAAUGCGCAGUAACAUGAAUGAGCCCGACUACAUCAGUCAGGACUGGCGAGCGGGUGGACGCCGGGAUAACAAUGAUGAUGAUGGUUACAAGAGUCGUCGAAACUACGGAGACAGCGGGUUCGGGCGCCGCGACGGCGAUCGCGACCGCAGAGGGGGCGGCUUCGACCGCGACCAGCGUGGAGGCGGCGGAUUCUCACGCGAUGAGGAACGCGACUGGACGCGGGACAGCAACACUAGCUGGCGUGAUCGAGGUGGCAGUGACCGUGACCGUGAUCGAGGUGGUGACCGUGAUAGGCGGGGCGGUGGCGGCUUUGGCGGUAGUCGCGGAUUUGACGACAGGAGAGGCGGUGAUCGGGAUGACAGGGACAGGCGGGACAGGGGAGGUGGUGAACUGUCGUGGAAACGGGACACUAUGACGCCCUCAUCGCAAGAACCGAGUGAAGAGCCACGCUCGCGACCCAAGCUGGACCUGAAGCCGCGGUCGGCGGCGCCGGUGGAGAAGGAGGAAGGGGGUGGUGGUGGUGGUGCGUCGAUCUUUGGCGGCGCCCGGCCAGUGGACACGGCCUCCCGCGAGCGACAGAUCGAGGAGCGACUCGAGAAGCAGACUGCAUUGGUUGACGAUCCGCCAAGACGGAAAGGAGCUGAUUCGGACAGAUGGGAGCGCGGAAGGGACAGAGACAGAGAUAGGGUUUACAGCAAGGAAGACAGGAGCCGAGACAGGGAUGGCGAAAGGGAGAGGGAGAGAGACGAGGACAGGGAUGUAGAGAGGGAGAAGGGUGGUGGUGGCAAGCCUGCCUUGGCCCCUGCUCCUCCCCCCUCUACCAAUGCCUGGACUGCGCGUGCACAGAUGGCCGCCAAUCAGCAUUCUGCGGACAACGGCCGGACGAGUCCGAACGGGUCCGAGGAUGAUUCGAGGGGUGCGGCCCCCGCCCACGACAGCGAUGCCGCUCCCAAGAAGUACCAGCCACCCCGCGGGGGGCAGCAAGCCGCCUCUCGUCGACCUCUACCGCCUUCCGAUGACCGCAAUAAAAGUGGAGGCCCUCAACCAAAUGGUGGAAGAGCACCCGCCUCUGCUGCCAUUGGUCAGAAAACAACCAAUCACAGCAAAGCACCAGCCCAGGCACCGCCGGCUACCGCCAAACCCAUCAGGGAAUCAAGAAAAGAUGACAAAGAUGAAGCCGCCAGAGUGCCAAAAUUCCAAGAACAGAAGCCUCCUAAUUUUGUCGGCUCAAACAAGUACGCAUUUUUGGAGGAUACAAACGAAGCGGCUGCUAAUUGACUUGAUAUCACUGAACAAAAUUAUAGUCAGUUAUUAUUAGAUAAACAAGAAAAUGCAUUGACAACGCAAUUGUCAUAGGUUUUUGUUCAAGAGCAACAUUAUGUCUUCUUCAGAGCUAGAGACCUGAGCUAGAUGAUCCAAACCCUUCAACUUUUUCUCUUCCAUUUGAUAUGUUUUUUCUAUAAUCUUUAUUUCCCACACUACAUGGAACUUGAAGACUCAGAAAAUUGUUCCUUAAAUGAUAUUUGAACGAAAACUAUUUUUCGGACGUGGUCAAUUACCUGUAGAUGUGGAAACAUUUCAAUUAGGCUAUUAUAAAUUAUUAAAAUACAAAAAGCUUUGAGGAUUUCUAUCUGGGCUGCAGAGAUGUUGUCUGUAUUCUAUUGAUGUAAAUGAGGCUUAACAUGUUGUAUGUAGGUACCUACCUACUUUUUAAGUUAUUUUUUUCAUAAUUCUUCCUUCUAUCAUCUAUCUGUGUCUCUUGGCCUUUUUUUACUCCAUCUUUUUCAAGUUAUUCAAUAAUUGUAAGGUGUAGUAUGUUUACGGAACAUACAUUCAUCCUUUCUUCCUUUUUGUAUUAUUUUAUUAAUUCCUCCACUAAUAUAGGUAGCACAAAAAAUAAAUGCUAUACCGGUAUAGGAAAAAUUACUAGGAAAUAAAAGGUGCAAAUACAAUACUGAUUCUAGCUGGGAAUAGAUUGGUGUCAUUUCAGUUGUGAUUUUAUUUUUAUUUUAAAACUCGGAGAAUAGAUUUGUUUAAGAAUUAUCAAACAUUUUUUGUCUUAACAGGUUUCAAAAAUCAUUUAUAUAAUAAUUGUGAGUUCAAUUUUUAGAAUAUUAAUAAAUUACCUUAUUAAUUUAAAUAAUAUUGCAAAUUUAAACAAUCAAAUAAUGGCAGAACACCAUUAUUUUAAAAUUUGUAAUUUUUUCUAUCUCGUUUUGAAUUUCCUUCAUAGCUGGAAUCACAAUACCUAUGGAUACUACUUACAAAUUGAGGCUAGUCUAUGAUUAUAUAAAUAAAAUUAUUUAAUGAUUGUAAAUAAAAUGAAAAGUGGAGCUCUUCCCUCUAUUCGAGGUUGGACAUUAUUCAUUUAAUGUCAUUAUCGAGUGCAUUCAGAUUAAUGAAACUUUAAUUCAAACAUAUUGCCUUAUCUUCAUCAUUUCAGAUUGACUAAACAAUUGGUUAAAUAACUUGGUACCGUACAAUUAUAUUUUUCCAUUUUGAAUUUUAUUUUAGUUCUCUACACCUUGCAAUUUAUUUCCAAAAUGUCUUGGAAUGCAAGGAUUAAUAUUCAACUUAUUUCUACUUUAUAUGCUUAUAGCGUGUAUUUAUAGGAAAAUUGAUAGUUCAGUUGCUAUCUAUCGAGCUCUUGAUUGUUUUGAUUAUAUUGUAAAUCAGACGACUGAUGAAUAAAUUAAUAAUUUAUCUUCGUACAAUCAAAGUUUGUACAAGAAAUCUUGUCUGAUAAAUAGCUUGUGAAAAAUGUUUGAGAAGCAAAGCUUUUGUCUGUACAUUUUGUAUGUUUGUAUACUAUAAAUAUAUAGAUAUUAUAAAUAAAAUUUAUGACUUUGA